AUGCGAAACACUCUCAGUCUUUCAGUGGAUAUCCAGUUGAGUGAUAGUAAAAUUGUAGAAAACGGAACUGUUUGGCCGUUGCAAAUCACUGGUCGAUUCAAUGCUGUCACUAAUAUUAGCAAAAUAUCUGUGAGUUGUGUAAGAACUGGGUCAGAAAAACCAUCAAUUCAGGUUGUACUAUCUCAACUGUCAUCGUUCACAUUCAGUGAUUAUCCUGAUAGAGAUGUGGUGUAUCUUCAGACAACCGUUCAAAUGAUGAAUGGUACCGGAUUGGAAUGUGAAAGACAAUCGAUAAUUUUCUAUCUCAGUCCAGAAAUAAAAUCAAUCAUUGUAGUUAAUCAAACAGGGAACAUAGAUAAUGUAACAUUGAAAACUCCUUUAAACCCAGUAACUAAAUCAGUUCAGUUCAUAGCAGGACGUUUAUAUUUCGGUGCAAAGUAUGAAGUCAUCUUUAGUCUGAAAUUUAAUCCGUCUCGUAGUACAACCAUUGUGAAAUAUCCAAUUCUAGUUGAAAUUGUGUGCAAACCCUAUGAACGUGGUAGUCCCGUAGUGAAUAGCUGCGCAAAACAAAAGUUUUACAAGUUCAAAUCUCAUCUGCGUGUUCAACUUGACUACACAUAUCCUCCCAACUUACCUCAUUACGUUGCAAUGCGGAACCCUUUGGUACAGUUGCCCGACCGUCAAGCAAAUACAUUUCUAAAUGUUGGUGAUCUUUUGUUUUAUUGUGCACGUGCGUUUAGUAUAAAGGGUUCAUUAGAUUUGGUGAGACGAUGUUUCAAGAUUAGUAAAUUGCCUGAAAGAAUUUGGUUUGAUGUCGGACCAUAUGUUGAACAGGUUAUAGCGUACACAAAUCCACUUGGCAUAUUGUUCGGUUUGGGAGCAAAUGGUGGAGGUGUAAUGAUGAGUAAGGAUUUGGGGAAAACAUGGAUUUCAAUCAACCCAUUCAUGUAUCAAAACACUUUGAAUACGUCGACUGAAAUCAUUACAGCAAGUGUCAUACCAUGGAUUUCAUCAACUGGAUCAAUUGACAAUACACUGUCUGAGUCAUUUUGCAAGAUGCGAGUGGCUAAACAAUGGAAUGUAUGCAUCAACGCAAUUUAUGCAAAUGAACUUCUAUUGGCAGACUGGACUAACACCUGUCCAAACAUCAAGCCUUUUUAA